AUGGUUGCUGUCAACUGGAUCACCGAUGCUGACUUCCUCGGCCAAGCUCUACUCAUCUUGACUGCUGCGUUAUGCAUUCUCUGCUUGCGAGUCCUCUUUCGACCCGGCUUACACGCUGUACCAGGGCCUUUCCUUGCAAAACUCACAGACUUAUGGAGGUUGGUCGACGUAGCCCAAGGACAUGCCCAUAAGACGCACUUAACAUUGCACGCAAAACAUGGGCAAUAUGUGCGCCUUGGUCCCAAUGUUGUCAGCGUGCAGAACGUUGAAGUGCUGAAGACCAUUUAUAGCAUCAAGAAUGCAUACAAGAAGAGUGCCUAUUAUCGAGUCGCACAGCAGAUGGCAUGGGGAAAACUCGCGCCCACGCUGUUCUCCACGCUAGAUGAAGAUUAUCAUUCUUUGAUUAAACGACCAGUGUCUUCGGCCUAUGCGAUGAGCAACUUACUCCGAUUCGAGGCCGACGUCGACGAAAUUAUGAAAGUGCUAUUUUGCCGUCUAGAUGACUUCGCCUCCCAGCAGAAGGUCUGCGACAUUGGGAAAUGGCUACAAUUCUAUGCGUUUGAUGUCAUUGGAAAGAUCACGUUUGGUAAGCCAUUGGGCUUUUUAAGUCAAGCCAAAGACGUUGGAGACAUUACUGAGUCUCUCAGCAAGGCCCAGGAUUACGUUGCUAUGGUAGGACAAAUGCCAUGGCUCGAUUACUUACUUCUCAAGAACCCUCUCAUGAGACUUUUGGGAGGCGGUACAGGGGCAAUCGCGAGCUUUGCCAUCAAGUGCUUGGAAGAGCGCCUUACCAUGAAGCUAAACGAAAAUGAGUCUUUGAAUGACGACUUUCUACACCGCUUGCUCAUUGCGAAAGAGAAACAUCCCGGCAUCGUGAAUGAUCGUCAGGUCUUUCAGUACACGCUCAGUAAUGUCACGGCCGGCUCAGACACUACUGCUAUCUCACUCCGCUCGAUCCUGUACUUCUUACUGAAAAGUCCUCAUUGUAUGGCUGCCCUUCAAAAAGAACUUUCCGAAGCCCGAAGAAAGGGCAGUCUGUCUCUGCCCGUCAGAUGGAGAGAGAGCAAGCAGUUACCUUAUCUUGAUGCGGUGGUCAAGGAGGCCUUCCGUCUCCAUCCAGCUGUCGGCCUACUUCUGGAAAGGGUUGUCCCAGAAGAAGGGCUUCAAUUACCAGAUGGACCUUUGCUGCCGCCCGGUACGGUCGUCGGUGUCAACCCGUGGGUUAUACACCGCCAUCCACUAUUUGGCGAGAAUUUGGAAUCAUUCACUCCCGAACGGUGGCUCCAGAGGUCUGAUGAGUCUGACGAGAAUUUCAAGAUAAGGAAGUCUCUAAUGCACAGCGCGUCACUCACUUUCGGUGCUGGGCCUCGGACUUGCAUUGGUAAAAACAUCAGUCUACUCGAGAUCUACAAGACCAUACCAACACUCCUUCUGAAUUACGAGUUCAAGAUGAACAAGAAGGCAAGAACCUGGGACGUGUGGAACUCGUUCUUUGUAAGGCAGUCAAAUUUUACGGUCAAUUUAAGGAAGCUCCAGGAACAAAAUGUCAAGUAG